AUGUGGCCUUCUAUCACCUGUUUAUACACCAUCUAUCCACCAUCUAUCCAUCAGAGAGCCACCAGCGAGCCAGCAGCCAGACACCAGCGAGCCACCAGCGAGACAGCAGCGAGCCACCAGCGAGACAGCAGCGAGCCAGCAGCCAGGACAGCAGCGAGCCACCAGCGAGCCACCAGCGAGACACCAGCGAGACAGCAGCCAGACACCAGCGAGCCACCAGCGAGCCACCAGCGAGACACCAGCGAGACACCAGCGAGACAGCAGCGAGACACCAGCGAGACUACCAGCGAGACACCAGCGAGACACCAGCGAGCCAGCAGCCAGACACCAGCGAGCCACCAGCGAGCCACCAGCGAGACAGCAGCGAGACACCAGCGAGACACCAGCGAGCCACCAGCGAGCCAGCAGCCAGACAGCAGCGAGCCACCAGCGAGCCACCAGCGAGCCAGCAGCCAGACACCAGCGAGCCACAGGGAGCCACCAGCGAGACACCCAGCGAGACACCAGCGAGACACCAGCGAGACACCAGCGAGCCACCAGCGAGACACCAGCGAGAUCACCAGCGAGACACCAGCGAGCCAGCAGCCAGACACCAGCGAGCAGCAGAGAGCCACCAGCGAGCCAGCAGCGAGCCAGCAGCGAGACACCAGCGAGCCACCAGCGAGCCAGCAGCGAGACACCAGCGAGCCACCAGCGAGCCACCAGCGAGACACCAGCGAGACACCAGCGAGACAGCAGCGAGCCACCAGCGAGCCACCAGCGAGCCAGCAGCGAGACACCAGCGAGCCACCAGCGAGCCAGCAGCCAGACACCAGCGAGCCACCAGCGAGACACCAGCGAGCCAGAGCCAGACACCAGCGAGCCACCAGCGAGCCAGCAGCCAGACACCAGCGAGCCACAGCGACACCAGCGAGACACCAGCGAGACAGCAGCGGACCAGAGCCACCAGAGCCACAGCCAGACACCAGCGAGCCACCAUCGAUGCCAGCAGCCAGACACCAGCGAGCCAGCGAGACACCAGCUAUACACAUCUAUACACCAUCUAUACAUCAUUAUACACCAUCUAUACAUCAUCUAUACACCAUCUAUCCACCAUCUAUCCAUCAUCCAUACACCAUCUAUACAUCAUCUAUCCAUCAUCCAUACACCAUCUAUCCACCAUCUAUACACCCACCCACCUUUUAUCUUCCACCUACCCAGCAGCUAUCCACUGUAUGGCUCCUAAGCUGA